UCCAAGGCCAUCCUGCAGCUGCUGGUCAACCCACUGACCGGCACCUUCAUCGACCGGGUGGGCUACGUCCUGCCACUCCUGAUCGGCUUGGUGGUCAUGUUCCUCUCCACCCUCAUCUUCGCCUUCGCCGAGAACUAUGCGACCCUCUUCGUGGCCCGCAGCCUGCAGGGGCUGGGCUCGGCCUUUGCGGACACCUCGGGGGUGGCCCUCAUUGCCGACAAGUACACCGAGGAGUCGGAGCGCAACCGUGCCCUGGGCGUGGCGCUGGCCUUCAUCUCCUUUGGCAGCCUGGUGGCACCCCCCUUUGGUGGCAUCUUGUACCGCAUUGCCAAGAAACAGACGCCCUUCCUGGUGCUGGCCUUCAUCUCCCUCUUGGACGCUCUGCUGCUGCUGGUGGCCAUCAAGCCAUUCGCCAACCAGACCCGGGAGAAUAUGCCGGUGGGCACGCCCAUCCAUCGGCUGAUGAUUGACCCCUACAUCGCGGUGGUGGCCGGGGCCCUCACCACUUGCAACAUCCCCUUGGCUUUCUUAGAGCCCACCGUCGCCAACUGGAUGAACAGCACCAUGAACGCCAACGAGUGGGAGAUCGGUAUGGCUUGGCUGCCGGCCUUCUUCCCCCACAUCUUGGGCGUCUUCAUCACCAUCAAGUUGGCUGACAAGUAUCCCCACCUGCAGUGGUUUUACGGGGCGUUGGGCAUGGUCAUCAUUGGGGCCAGCUCGUGUGUGGUGCCUGCUUGCCGGAACUUUGGACAACUGAUGGUCCCCUUGUGUGGCAUCUGCUUCGGCAUUGCCCUGGUGGACACGGCCCUUCUGCCCACCCUUGCUUUCUUGGUAGACGUGCGCCAUGUGUCGGUCUACGGCAGUGUCUAUGCCAUUGCCGACAUCUCCUAUUCGGUGGCCUAUGCCCUGGGGCCCAUUGUGGCUGGAGAGAUUGUCCACUCCUUUGGCUUCACCCAACUCAGCUUGGGCAUGGGCCUUGCCAAUGUCCUCUAUUCCCCAGUCCUGCUGGCCCUCAAAAACAUUUGCCAAAUGAAGCCCUCCCAUUCGGAAAGGAACAUCCUUCUUGACGAGGAGCCCAAAGGACUCUAUGACACCAUCAAGAUGGAAGAACGCAAAGCCAAGGGUAGACAUCUCCACCCGGUGGGGGAUUUUGAAGAGAAUAGUGUAGUAGAUCCUUACUGUAGAGACUUUAAAGGGGCUUUUGAGGAUGAUUCCUCAGACUACGACUAUACUUAG